AUGGCGGAAUCGAUCACAAACGCAUUAAGCAAAGUGCGCCUCCCGGCCGACCGGCUAACGCUCGUCUUCACCACCGCCGCCGUGCUUGGCAGCGCGCUCGUGUUACCCACCAUCUACCGCGACUACUGCACCUUCCGGGACUACGGACCGGGCGGGAUCCCGAACAAUGUCAUCGGCUGGCUGACGGUGCGCGCGCUGUUCCAGCCGUUCAAGCGCGAGAUGUUCACCACGGAGGAAUACGUGAAGCGGGUGGAAGCGGCCGAGGGCCACGGGAAGGGCGAUGAUGGGUACCUGACCCUGUCGCCGGAGCAGCUUGCAUCGCGCAGUGUGACGGAUCGGCCUGUCGUGGGACCUCACGUCGUGCCGCAGCGGCAGUUGACGCAGAUCCCGGAUGACGAUAUUAUGGAUAAAUUCUGCGCGGCGUUUUCCUCGUUCGAGCUGCGCAAUCAUCACCUUGUCAAGUUACAGCAGUCGAAUCAGGAGGAAUAUUCGGAUGCGCUUUUCUUGGCGGAUCAUUUGCCUGCGACGGAUCUGGCGAUGACCAUGAAGGGCGAGAUUGCGCAUCUUCAUUCGGGCAAUGACCAUUCCGUGCACGUUGUCUGCGCGCCGGCCGACUGCAAGAAAAUCAUCGAGGCCGGAUGGGGCCAGCGACACGGGUUCUCGGGCACCUCGGCCAUGACAUUCCUGAGUUUGGGCACACUGCCCGAUAUUCCUUCGGAGUACAUUAUGAUUUAUGCGCCGCGCACAGAGGCCGAGAUUCAGACGGUGAUGGAUAUCGUUGCAGCCGGUGUCAAGUUCAUGACGGGAUGCGAGGACGUGCGGUAG